CAAAUCCAUUCUUCUGAGUCUUGUGCAGCUCUAAGUACACUACUGAGCCAGCACAUCGGUUGGUCCUUCUUGCCCCCUAUUCCUUCAAUGGGAGGCUUUAUAUAGGGAUGAAUGCCUCCAACAGAUCAGGAAAAAUCAAAACCAACUAAAUAGGGGCUUCGAUGACCUUUUCAGCCAAGACAACUCCUCUACAGGAGCAUAACAGGCUACCCAACCUCGCCGGUACUUAGAUCAAGUAUGCCUUUGUGCCCUUCAGGCCUGGAGUCCCAUAACCUCCCCUUCUGCAUCCCAAGAUUGUAAUUGUUCACCUCUCUUCCCCCAGCAGAAACCCAAGGAACCCAUUUCUGACUUUGUUCCUGCUACAAAAGUGAGCCUAGAAUGUAAAACGCCUGAUCCUGUGGUCAGAGAAAUCCCCCUUCAAAGCAUCACUGGGGAAACCGUGCUCUCGGAACACACCGGCUAGCGUCUCAGGGUUUGAAAAAUGAACAUUCCGAUAACUGGACAGUUGCUACUUAGUAUAUUGGGACGGCCUCCCAUAAGGUCACUAUCUUCACCCAGGCCUUUACAAGGCCAUUAAAAGAAAAUGUUCUAAAUGUGUCGUUAACAUUUUAUUUUGUGCAUGUAUAUGGGGAUCAAAGGACAAUUACUGGACGUUGGUUCUCUCCUUCCAGCAGGUUGCGUCCUGGGGAUCAAAUUCAAUCUUCAGGGUUGGUAGCAAGUGCUGAGCCACCAGUCCGUGGCCGAGUUCUUUCAGUAAAGAGCCCAGGUUUUUCUUGGUGGUGGAUCUUUUUCAACCAGAGUGUGCGCGUACGUUGUUCAGGGAGCAGUACAGACCACACCCAGCUGCUUCGUCCAAACGACAGACGCUCAAACAAAACAGGGACCCGAAACUACAGAUGCAGAAACCUCAACUCGGGAGCGACGAUCGCCAUCCCUCACUCCCAACAUCCGGUGGCCCGCCCCGCCAGGAUCUCUUCCGGUCCCGCCCCUUGGGGGCCCGCGCCACGGGCGACGGAGUAUCUCUGCUCCCAACUUCCGCGUCGAUCCACCCAUCGCGAGAUUUUGGCGGCGCAGCAAUGGCAAGACCGUGAGUACCGCUGACGGGAGUCUAUAGAACGAGCUAGGACAAGACUGAUGCCGCGACACUGCUCCGCCGCCGGCUGCUGCACACGGGAUACGCGCGAGACUCGCAACCGCGGCAUCUCCUUCCACAGACUUCCCAAGAAAGACAACCCCAGGCGCGGCUUGUGGCUGGCCAACUGUCAGCGGCUGGACCCCAGCGGCCAGGGCCUGUGGGAUCCGACCUCUGAGUACAUCUACUUCUGCUCCAAACACUUCGAGGAAAACUGCUUUGAGCUGGUGGGAAUCAGUGGGUAUCACAGGCUGAAGGAGGGGGCAGUCCCCACCAUAUUUGAGUCUUUCUCCAAGUUGCGUCGAACAGCCAAGACCAAGGGGCAUGGUUAUCCACCUGGCCUGCCUGACGUCAGCCGGCUCCGGCGAUGCAGGAAGCGCUGCUCCGAAAGACAAGGACCCACAACUCCCUUUUCUCCACCUCCUCGUGCCGAUAUCAUCUGCUUCCCUGUGGAAGAAGCCUCAGCACCUGCCACUCUGCCCGCAUCCCCAGCUGUGAGGCUGGACCCUGGCCUUAACAGCCCCUUCUCAGAUCUCCUGGGCCCUCUAGGUGCUCAGGCGGAUGAAGCGGGCUGUAGCACACAGCCCUCACCAGAGCAGCACCCCUCCCCUCUUGAGCCACAGCCUGCCUCCCCAUCUGCAUACAUGUUACGGCUGCCACCUCCUGCUGGAGCCUACAUCCAGAAUGAGCACAGCUACCAAGUGGGGAGCGCCUUGCUCUGGAAGAGGCGAGCUGAAGCAGCUCUUGAUGCUCUGGACAAGACCCAGCGCCAGCUGCAGGCCUGCAAGCGGCGGGAGCAGCGGCUUAGGCUGCGACUGACCAAGCUGCAGCAGGAACGGGCACGGGAGAAGCGAGCACAGGCAGAUGCCCGCCAGACUCUGAAGGACCAUGUACAGGACUUUGCUAUGCAGUUGAGCAGCAGUAUGGCCUGAGAGAGGGACUACAUGCCCAGGCUCUGGCUUCUUUUUCUCAGAGACACUUGACCAGAACUGCAUCCACUGGGCUGGCCAAAUGUUACAAUAAAGUGGAUGCUAGAAAGAGACUGCUGUUUGGCUUGGCUGGAGGUGCCCGGCUCCUCCCCAGACCAUGGCCAAAACCCUAGAGAGCUCAGAUCCUGGCAUGCCACCUCUUGACCCUGGUUAAAUCUCUGUUUGCAGUCCC